AUGCGAACCGCCCUUCCAUCACGGCGCAUGUCCCCGAAAGCCCGAGACGGAGGGCAGCAUGGCGCCGUAGAGCACGCGAGAAUCCCCAGCCCCGGCCCCAGUGCCGACAACAUCGACUCGACGACUCUGCGCCCGGAAAUGCGACGCAGCGAGAAGGACGGAAGCCAGACCCAGCCCGGCACCGACGACCGCGAGUUCUGCAUCCGGGCAAACCGGCCAGGUCUGCAGCAACUGCGGUACAACGAGGACACCGCUGUGGAGGAGAUCGCCUCAGGGAACGACGAUUUGCAACGCUUGACCGCUCCGCCAAAAAUCGCCCCUGCGCCUGGCCCUGGACCGAAAUAUCUCAGCGCUCCCGCUCCGACGUAUGUCACCGAGGAGCAGGCCCCUUCAGGGACCUGCCCAGGCGGUGGAAAGUGCAAUGGCACUGGCGGCGCAGAGGGUUGCAGCGGGUGUCCUGCCUAUAACAACCGCGUGUCGAAAUCUGCUCACUUGAAUGUUGUUCAGGGGCAAGGUUGCGGCGGCGGCGGCGGUGGCAGCUCCUCGAGUCAGCAGCAGCAGCAGCCUGAGCCCAUGGCAGUUGACGACCCCGCGGCUCCCGUUGACAUUGCUGCUCUGCAAAUACAGGGACAAAAUCCAAACACGACUGUCGUUAUCGCCUGUCAAAAUUGCAGCACGACCGUCACGCCCCUGUGGCGACGUGAUGAAAGUGGGCACACGAUUUGCAAUGCUUGCGGUCUCUACUACAAACUUCAUGGAGUCCACCGGCCCGUCACCAUGAAAAAGUCGACAAUCAAGCGAAGGAAACGAGUGAUUCCCUCUUCGUUUGGCGGCGAGUGGACUGAAGAGAUGCUCGAUGGAUCAGAAACGCAGAGCAUGGCGCCUGAGGGCAGCCCGGAAAGAGGCACGAUGAACGAGGACGGGUCUAUCAAUCUGGGUUUUCGGCAUCGCCAGGAGGGCCCCCUGGCUAUGCUACCAGAUCCUCAGAUGCGCCCCAACAGGCAAGGGUCCCCUCUGCCAUCGGCGACCGACCUGGCAGCCUAUCAAUCAUCGAUGCCGCGGACGUCGCAUCCCUACCCUGGAUCGCUCAACGACGACAACCGACUUGCGCCGAUCACAUCGCUGACCGCAAUUGGCGAACGUCAAUCGUCUCUGUCGCCUGCGUCGUUUCUCCCGCCAUCGCGCAAACGGUCCUUGUCUGCUGAAGGAAACCUGGCGGGUGAUGGUGGCCCCGACACCUCGAAGCGGCUGUCGUCCAUCAAGUCGAUCCUGAACCCCACCGACGGGGACGAGAGCCCUACCUACCACUCCGGAGGCGAGGACGCCGCUGAGCACUACGCCCGGUCUGCAAUGUCUCCCGCCGGCUCGGCGCCGAGUCCAGGGUCCUACUCCAACACUCGCCUGACGCCCCUGCCCUCGCCGGGGCCCAGCAGCCAGACAAGCCAUCUGGGCUAUAGCAACCAAGAGAGUGAGAGGGCGAGGGCCGAGAAGAGGGCCGCUCUGACCAGGGAGGCGGAACGGAUGAGGGAGAUGCUCGCUGCGAAGGAGCGGGAACUUGCGGAACUGAACGACUGA